AUGCGUCGACCAAAGCAGCACAACGUCAACUCUUUCAACGGCAUCCUCGUUGUUAGCAUCGGUUUGCUUAUUAUCUCUGGCACCCGUGGCUUACUUCAUCCUCCAAUUUCGGUGUUGCAACUAACGUCCUCGAUAUCGGUUCCAAUUGAUCUGAACAAGAGAAAAGUCUUUAUGGAUUUGGGUUUCCAAAUGAACUAUAAUCUACCAUUUAGUCUCGACGCAUUCUACAAUCCGACCAUUUGGUCUAAUGCGUUGGAGCGUCGCGGCAAGCGUGAAUUGGAAAACUUUACGGGGGCAGCCAAUGCGUUAUUGGAGGCUGAGAGUGGUAUCCAUCCCAGGGAUUUUACUGCCGGCGAACUAUAUGCUGGCGCAGAACGUGUAUUAGAAGACUACGGCUUCCACAGAUCCUGCUUGCUUCUUAGCGUCUGUGAGCUGGCGCUGCAUCCCUUCGCAGAUAAUCAUAGUUACAACUUGUUUGUACAGGUCAUCAGCUUUUUACUAACACCCUCGCAGCAUGAUGGUUUUGGUCCACACGAAAAGUUAUAUCAACAUCGAUAUGAGCGUGCUGAGAAAUUGGGCUUCUUUGGCGGUGAUUGCCAGACAGCGUAUCCCAAGUGCCAGUUGGAUGUGUUGAAUAUAGUUACCAAACUAGUUAGAUGA